AUGCCUCCAGUCCACCCCAGCCCCGGACACCUUCCCCCUGCCUCCAGUCCACCCAAGCCCCGGGACACCUUCACCCUACCUCCAGUCCACCCCAGCUCCGGACACCUUCCCCCUGCCUCCAGUCCUGACCCCCUCAACUUGCCUCAAGUUCAACCUGACCCCAAGCCUUGGACUCCCUCACUUGCUUCUAGUCCAGCCCAAGUUCCCUCAUCAUGCCUCCACCCAGCCUCCAAUCUCCCUCCAGUCCAUCCCCAGCCUCGGGUACCGAACAGCCCACACAAAUCUCUGCCUCAACCCUGCCUAAACCCCACCCUGCCUCAACCCCACCCUGCCUCAACCCCACUCUGCCUCAACCCCACCCUGCCUCAACCUCACUCUGCCUCAACCCCACUCUGCCUCAACCCCACUCUGCCUCAACCCCACUCUGCCUCAACCCCACUCUGCCCCCCGGACACCUUCUCUAUCCAGCCUCUACCCUUCUCUGCUACCUGCCAUGCGGUCCAUUUCAAACACCCUCACCCCACCAUGCCUCCCAUCCAUCCCAGGCCAUGGACACCCUGACCCCACCCUGCCUUCUGUCUAUUCCAGGCCCUGAACACCCUGAACCC